CUUAAAGUAUAUAUAUGCAAGCUCAGCUCUGGGAGAGCCACACAGCAAGUACUUUCCUCCCAACCAGACGGCUUCCUUAUCCCAUCAAGACAGCCACAAAGAUCUUCUGAGACAUUCAGAAAGAAACUGCAAAGACUGACAAUUUCUUCUGCUGCAAUCGAACAGUUCAACAAUGGCCAUCACUGACAUCCUUUCUGCUAAAGAUAUUGAAUCUGCUCUCUCCAGCUGCCAGGCUGCAGAUUCCUUCAAUUACAAGUCUUUCUUCUCCAUGGUUGGUUUAUCCAGCAAAACCCCUGAUCAGAUAAAGAUGGUUUUUGGAAUCCUUGAUCAGGACAAGAGUGGUUUCAUCGAGGAGGAAGAGCUUCAGAUGUUUCUGAAGAAUUUCUCUUCAAGUGCUAGAGUCCUCACUUCUGCAGAGACCAAGGCUUUUCUGGCUGCAGGUGACACUGAUGGUGAUGGCAAAAUUGGAAUAGAAGAAUUCCAAUCUCUGGUGAAGGCAUAAACAGCAUUAGACCAAAGGCAGCCUUGGACUGACUCUUCCAAUUACCUCGUCCAACAAGCACUUCGCACUCAGCAUGUGUUUGUACGUUUUUAUAUUGUUUCAGGCAUUAGCAAUUCCCCAUACACCAAGUUCACACACAGUGUGCAGAUGUACAGAUGUUUUGGUGACACAGCAUUGUUACAUUUCCAUUGUAAAGAAGGCACUUUGUCAUUUUCAACUACUCCUAGUGUUGAAAUCAUGGUUGGAAGAUGGGACGGAAAGAAACAUUUAAAAAAUCUGGGGAAAAGCUUUUUUUUUUUUUUUUUUUUUUUUUUAAUUUAUUUUGGUUUGUUUAGGUUUUCCAUCUCUGUACUUCACCAUGCUGACUUGCCAGACACAGUUUUGAUGUUCUUAAACAAUAUAACAUCUUUUAAGGCUUAAUUGUCCUGAUUUUGUUGAGUUUUAUUUCUACUUAAUUCUCUGAUUCUUUGGCAAAAACAAUGCUAACAAGAUAGCCAAAAAUAAUUUAUAUUCAGUUCCAGACCUGAGACUCUGAGUAAAAAUUUAAGAGGAGCUGACACAUAGCUCAAAGCAUGGAAUAAAUUUGUGGGUAAUUUUACAAAAUGAAGUACUAGAUUACAGCAUCCAUCGUCUGAAAGUGUUUAUGGCCUAAAAUGUAACUCUCUCUCAAGAAGAUUUAUCUUUCAUGAAACCUAAGGCAGCUGUGAGACAGAGGAGAAGGUUCUAAUCCCAUAUCUGACACUGUGACAAGUCACACUGCCUUCAUGACCUGGGCCAGGCCUGGAGGUUUUUCUGUUAAUCAUGAUGAGCAUGUUGCUUGUUACCUCUUAAUACCUACUAAACAAUAAUACUUCGUCACAUUUGUGAAUGUGUGUUCACGACAGAUGAAAAAACAGCCAGCCUUGCUAUUUGAUUAUCUUAAAGUGAAGCAGAGUACAAAUACUAUCUGUCUUAUGCAGAUAAAUAACAGCCAUUACUCAAUUAUUUCACUUACUAUAACUAAUAAUCAUCUAUAUAACCCAUUAUAUUAGCAAUUUACUUAAGUAUGAACAUUACAAAGAGCUAGUCUUUCCUUUCCUUUGGUAAGUGUCUUACAUGGUUUAGAGCUAGUUAUAGCAUUGUUUUCAUUAAUGGACAAAGUAAUUAUUACUCAUGGUUAAAUGCAGAGCUCAGUAGACAGAGUAGAUGCUGUGCAUUUCUGGAUGAGUGGGUUGGAAAUUUCCCCACCAACACUUAGUUGAGACCUCUCCCAUCCAGCAUGACUUGGUUCCAGCUCAGAAGUAGACUGUCAUUUUAAUCCUCCCUGCUGAAAUUGGGUGAUAAUUAUAACAUAAUUUGGCAGCUGUUUUGAAGAAGAGCAGAAACAAAGCCUGCUGGAACUUUUAUGUAA